UUUCCCAUACAAGCUUUUCUAGGAUCAUCCCCCCGGCCGAAUCUCUAAAGAGGGGUCUCUCGGGAUCCCUGCGACAGGAGUUCACUCUCCGACAGCUGGCGCGCCAGGUAGGGGGGAAUAUCCCUAGAUUGUUUGUUUCCCUUUUUUCUCCACAGGAAAAGAUGGCCGGUGGGCACCGUCUCCAGCGUUCCGGCUCCACUUCCAGUAACGGAACGCCGCCCCACGACCAAGAGGUUUUUCCCGCCCAAGGGGAUCAGGGCGCUGGCCCCAUCAGCGCCGCCGCUGCCGGCGUACUCUCCGACCCCCAGCAGAUGGUCGGGGCCCCGGCCGCUAGGUUCGCCUCUGGAUCACGUCGAGCGCCGCCCCGGCGCAGGCUCGCUUUUAGUGAGGCCAGCCCAGGGAGCGCCUUGCUUGCAGCGCAAGCCCUCCUCAGGCACCCUCCCAUUCGGGCCACGCCAAACACUCCGGAAGGCCGGUGGAUGCAAGAUAUCGCCGCUUUGGCGAUUGGCAUCCUCCUGGCUCUCCUCCUGACGCUCCUCGCCACGGCGGUCAUCGGAGAAGGCGACGUCGUUGCCAGCAGCGCAGGCAGGGCCAACACCACCGACACGGAACCGCCCGGCGGGAGGCUCAACGUGUGGGCCAGGAAGUGGUGGCGGUUCCCGGCGACAGAGGGCCUGGUCUGGGGCAGUGCGAAGAGGGUGCCCAACUCGUCGGACCCUCUCCACACCGCUGAUGUGUCGAUACGUGUCAUUCGUGCAUGCCUUCGUGGUGUUUCUGGUGUUACUUCUGAUGCAUUUUUUGGCUGCAGAAUGUGGCAUCGUGUUAAGGCUCGAGAGAAUUGA